AUGUCUUUUUCAUCUUUGCCUGUGAUUGACCUUAAAUCUAAUCCGGAUGAUAUUCGUCAAUCUCUUUUAUUGGCUUGUUCAACAACAGGUUUUUUUUAUGUAACAAAUCAUGGAUUAGAUACUUUACAAAGUCAAAUGUUUUCUAUGGCGAAAGAAUUUUUUCAUCUUCCUCUGGAUGAAAAACUCCUUUAUUCACUGAAUACAACAUCUUAUCAAGGUUAUUUAAGAAUCGGUCGUGAAAAUCUUGAUUCAACUAAUUCCAAACUUAUGGAUGGAAAAGAAGGAUUUAAUAUUCGUCAACCAGAUUUAAUUAAUAAAGAUAUGUUACCUAAUAUAUUUUCUCACGAAGAAAAUUUUAAAUUAAUCGAACAAUUUUUUCGACAAUGCUAUGAUCUUUGUAUGCGUCUAUUUGAAUAUUUAGGUGCAGCAGUUAAAUUAUUACAUUAUCCACCAAUAAAUCAAAUAGAACAAAAUACAAAUGUUAUUCGAGCGGGUGCUCAUUCAGAUUAUGGAUCACUUACGCUUGUAUUUCAACAUGAUAAUAAAUCUGGUCUUGAAGUAUUUGAUCGUUUAACAAAUGUUUGGUAUCCAGUUGAAGCUCAUGAUGAUAUGAUUGUAGUUAAUUUUGGAGAUGUUUUUGAAUAUUGGAGUAAAGGAAUGAUCAAAAGUACAAUCCAUCGAGUUAUUGCACCAAAUGUUAAUGAACAAAAUCAUUCUCGAUUUUCUAUUGCCUUUUUUUGUGAUCCAAAUGAAGAUACACUACUUACUCCUAUACCAUCUAAAUUGAUUGAAAAUCGUAUGUAUACAAAAGAUGAACAUGCAAAGCAUGUUUUUAAUGAUUAUGAUAACAAUAAUAGACAUGUUUUAACUGCUGGUGAACAUCUACAGAUGAGAUUAAAUAAAACUCAUCAGUAUUAA